AUGGAUAGCUUACCUUCGCAUCUCGUCAAUGAGAUUCUCUUCAGAAUGGAUCUCAAAACUCUUGGGAAGAUGCAAUGCACAGAUAAAUCUUUCCGCUCACGUCUAUCCGAAGACCCGUAUUUUAAGUCUGAAUACAAUUCUCGGGUCGGAUCCAAUUUGUUUUACAUCAGUAGCUAUGGCUCCAAAUUGGUCUGCUACCUCCCUUUCUUCGGUUCUACGUCAACGAGAUCCCUGGAAACCCUAAUAAGCUAUCAGGUUCUAGGCUCUUGCUCUGGCCUUCUAUUACUCUUCGGUCAAGGCCUCUGCGUCGCAAAUCCCUUCACUAAGAAGUUUCGAUUCCUGGAUCACUCUAAGUCAAAUCUUUUCCCUAUGGUAACUAACCGUGUAGUUGUUCCUUGGAAAGAAACGACGUGCAUAGGUUUCGCGGUUGAUCAGAUUGAUAGAACAUCUCAGAGAUUCAAAAUUGUCUGCGUAAAAGGUAGCGAGGCUAGGAAUCCAGGUGAAACAAUGUAUCAGUUCGAGAUUAACGAGGGAGAUUCAUGGAGAAUGUCAAAAACCACAGUGACUUGCCGCUCAAGCAAUUUCGGUAAGCGUACGAGACCUGUUUACGUAAACGGAUCUCUUCACUGGUUGAGAAACGACGGAAGCAUCUUAGCAUUCAACCUCGAAACAGAGAAGGCACGGCUGGUUUCAACUAAAUUUCCGCAAGAACCUAGUACUGUGAAAACAUUGUUUGCCGCCACUGAUAACAAACUAACACUGAUAUGGCCGACGAACGAAGUAAUUUACGUUUACGGCCUGGAGAAUAUUUUCACUGACCCCAAGUGGGUUCUAGUGAGGCGGAUAGGGAACGUAGUGGCGGACACAAAGAGACUCAUCUUCUGGAACGUUGUGGCUUACAACAGAAAUUUUUUAAUGUUGAGGGAGAAGAAUCAUGACGUCUCCGGCGAUGUAGUUCAUCAGUACGACUUGAAAGCUAACAAGUGGGGAGUCAUGGGCUAUAUUCCAAAGUGGUUCUGUUCGAACGGGGACUUUUAUCUGUUUACACCGUCCUCUUCAUCUGUGAUUGGGUUGGAUGAGAAGCUGAAGCCUUGUGAUGAUGAUAAACGCAUCUCCUCUCUAAGCUCGAUUAUGAGACUGCUUGUUGGAAACUCAUCGGAGGAGAAGGAGGCAACGCAACUUAGAAAAAGAUCGAUUGAGGAAGAAGAAACUAAACUCAUGUUAAAGAAGCAACGAAACUAA